GUUGUUUAGAUUGACAACAGUUGUCAGUUUACGACUACCGGUAUUCUCAUGGGUUGCGACAGUCAUGGGGAAGCUGAGCUUAUUUGAAGUUUCUUACAGCAAGGAGCGGCCGGUAUACUACCCAGGUGAGCCUGUAGAGGGACAGGUCACGGUGGAAUUAAACGACACAAUGAAAAUGAGAGGAAUGCACCUCCGGUUUAAGGGAAUGGCACGUGUCCACUGGACAGAGGAACGGUCAUCUGGCUCCAGGACGAUACGUACUGACCACUUUUCGGCAGAGGAAGAAUACUUCUACAUCAGUUUCCUGUUGGCGGGAAGAUGGAAAGAUGAGCCAGGGCACGACAUCAAUCUACCUGCUGGACGACACACUUACCCGUUUUCAUACAAACUUCCAUCUAGACUCCCGUCUUCAUUUGCAGGAGCAUAUGGAUUUGUAGGAUAUGAUGCUAAAUGCACCAUUGAUAAACCAUGGAAAUUUAACCACGAAGCCGAGACGUCAUUUAUAGUCCGUAAUCGCCUGGAUCUAAAUCGCGAACCCAGAGCUAAGAAACCUAACCGAAGAAGCAAGUCAAAGACAUUAUGCUGCCUGUGCUGCACAUCAGGACCAAUCUCGGCCACGUUUUCCAUCGACAGACAAGGAUAUGUUAUCGGGGAGGAAAUAAUCAUCAAUGCAGAAAUAGAAAAUCUGUCCAACAAGAGAGUCAAGAAAUCCAAAGUGGUCCUGAUGCAGGAGGUGUUAUAUCAUGCUACCACCAAGACAAAACCUAAAACACAUGAUUAUGCCAAGCUGAAGCAUGGCGAGAUCAAACAGGGCGACACUGACUACUGGAAUGCCGAGCGGCUGGUGGUUCCACCUUUGACGCCGUCGUUCCUCAGGGGAUGCAAAAUCAUCGAUGUCAGAUACUUCUUGAUGCUUGAUGUAACUCCAGCGGGACCUAGCUCCGAUCUCGUCCUCUAUCUCAACGUAAUAAUUGGCAACAUUCCACGACAAGGCGUUGUCGCCCAACCUUCCGCAGUGGACCAACCGGCAGCUCACCAACCAUCGGGUAAAGGAGCUAGCAAAGGCUCUAAGAAAAGAUCUCGACCCCGAAGAGGGUCUGCAUACAUCACAGAGGAGUCACAACCCCUUGCUGAAGAACUAUCAUUAAAAAAUACAGAACUGUGAUGGCAUUGCCUGUUUCUGAUUUGAUGGCUGAUCUCAGCUAAUUUUGUUUAAAAGCUGCGAGUGAGCACAUCCACAGCGUGUGAGUGGAGCACCUAAUCUAAUGGCGACAUGGAGCCUGUGUAUGGCAGACACUAUGGCCAUUCGAGAUGCGUCAUCAAGAUCAACUCCACAUCACUCGGGGGCUUUGACUGCCAGUAUAACGGUCUGCACACAACAGAUCUAAAUCUGCAUGUUGACUUUUUGUGAGCAGAAUCGACACUACCUAUGGCAGCCAGGAAUCGACAGACUAGCGACGUGAAAGACACCAAAUUGCCAUAUGUGAUCACGCGAUCACAGCUAGUUAAAGUGAGCGUCCCUAUAGACGCUAUUGGAAACAUACUCAUCUGUCCUUGAAGUGGUAGAUAUUUAGGCGAAUAUAACUUCUGAUGUGUUCACGCUCAAGUCACUCAUACCGAGGGCCUAUUGUCGCUUUGAAUAACUCGGGACCCGUGAAGGUCCAGGUUAGAAUAUUGAUCUUCAGCAACCCAUGCUUGUCGUAAGAGGCGACUAACGGGAUCGGGUGGUCAGGCUC